AUGUCUCUUCUCUCACUCCCAACAGAGAUUCUGGAACAAAUCUGUCAGGAGUUGUGCCUUCACUGCAAGAAUGUACCUUCUAAUGAGCACUCUUACUUCACCUAUUCGGACCAAUACACGCCUCCCGAAACAGAGGCGUUGAUUAACCUCUGCUUGGCAUGUAAAUCCCUAGCGCAGAUAGCACUUCCUUACGUGUACCACCGGCCGCGAGGACCUCUAUUCUUUCCCUUCGUGCGGAUCUUCCACGCGAAACCGGGGCUGGGUCAACUCGUUAAACAUCUCUCCGUCGCCCAAGUUCUUUUGCUUCACUGGCACUCAGACGCUCGGUCGUACAAUUUCUUGGAUUACGUGCCCGCGUUCCUAGAGGCGUGUGAUCAUAUGAGCCAUACCCACCUGUAUCAAGAUGCACGGAUUUGCCAGUUUAAUCCCAUGCCAAAGUCUAUCAUAAGACGCUUGAAUCUUCCGACGUUAACAACGUUUGACGAUGAGCGUGAUGCUUUGUUCAUCACGUGUGCUCUCUCUUUGAUGCCUAAUCUGGAAAAACUUGAGAUUGGUCUGGGAGACCACUGGUCAUUCCGAUGGUGCCGACCAAACUCUCUGGCCUCUUUAAGGGAGCUCACUAUCACGCAAGGAGUUUUCGAUGAGGGUCCCCCAGACGGUAGUGCCAUUCGCGGAUUACUUGAAGCCGCACCGGGUUUAGAAAAGCUCGAGUUCAGUGAAGUUAUCCAUGAACUUCAUGAAAGUACCUCACCGUACCUCAGCCACACAAAUGUCAAAGAGCUCAUCUUCAACGCAUCCACCGUCCCAACUAAUAAUCUCAAAGCGCUGAUGGAUGGGUUUCCAAGUUUGGAGACAUUCUAUUUUGGUUGGGAAUCAAGAAUGGCGUGGCCAGGCACCAUGGGGGAGAGACGGCUUUCCCCAAGUAUUAUGACUGAAAUAGUAAUGAGGAGGAAAGAUACCAUCAAACACCUAUCGCUUGACCUUGGUUCCCUAGAUAGCAGAUGGUCUCGGAGGCUACAGAAUCUCUCUGGAAUGUCAGUCCUCGAAACCCUCAAUAUUCACGGAUCAAUGCUGCCAGAAGGAUCAGGAAAGCAACCGGAAGUUUUUUUGACAGUUUCCGAGAUCCUUCCAUGUUCAAUCAGGGAGUUUGGAAUCAUGGGCGAAUCUGACAGGUACCUGUGGGAACAAGUGCUGGACCUGAUCAUCACAUCGAGUGUGAAACAUCCGCAACUGGAAAGGGUCACGGUCGCGAAUGAAGAUCUUGUCAAUGAAGACUGGGUUUAUACUUUUACCUCGGCUUGCAACAAACGCAACAUAGAGUUCUCGAUGGAUGAGCCAAAGCAUUGGAGGACUCUUACCAGACCGUUAUCUUACUGGGUCGAGGACGGGAAGUUGAGGGAACAUUCCGGUUCUGGGACGGGAGCGACGAUCAAUAGCUCGGAUGUCCUCAUAUGCAUGUUUGGGAAUGGCCUUGAACACUAUAUUCACAACAGCCUCGGUAGCUUUGUUGGUGCCAAUAACGUUUUUUCCACGGAAAAACUUGGCGUUGGGAUAGGUGGCCUUGAUAGGCCCAAAUAG